CACUGCUUAAGAACAAAAUAAAUUAUUUUCUAAACAAACUGCACACAACAUUAAAUAUUAUUUUCUACGGCUAAGUGACAUGCAUUAGGACUGAAGGAUGGAGAUAAUUUUCACACAGGAUGUCCACAACGUGGACAAGUUCUUGUCCUGCGCCGAGAAACUGCACUACGACGAGUUCUCGGCGCAAAUGUUUGCGUUCUGCAACGGACACUGCGACAUGGAUGUGUUUGAGCUGAUGGGCAACGACAGGCUGGCGCAGCUUCUCUACGGCUGGGAGGUGUGCCGGGUACCCAGCCGGGAUGUGGGCGCCUUCAAGGAGCCGGCGCUACGGCACCUCGUCCUUGUGCUGGCGCACCACUCGCUGCAGAUGUGGUUCAGUCAGGAGUGGAUCACCUGCUCCGAUGGCCUCAAGAACAUGUUGCUUUACAGCCUCACCAAAGCGGUGCCGGCCUUCUACCGCAUUGAGGAGUUGGCCAAUAUCAACUGGGCCUACGUGCUCAAGUUUCAGGCGAGUCCCUGGAGUGUGCCGUACCUGCAGCAGCUUUUCCUCAACCUACGCAAGAACAAGCAUCAUGCCAUCGAGCAUGCAGUUGCGGUGGCCACAAUUGAGGAUAUCACUUUCCUGAAGGAUGAUGGCCUCAAUCUGAUACUGCUGCGUCUCAUGCAGCUUUUUAAUGCCGGCAACUUUGAGGCGGUCAAGCAGCUGUCCCUGCGCAUGCUGGCCGCCUGGCUGAAAGCCAAUGAGUACGCUACAUUUGAGGCCAUAGAAAGAGAUAAAUCUUCGAUUGCCUUGGUGGGGCACCUCUACCUAUUGACUGUCUUUACGAUGGACGAAAAUCGGGGCUAUGCCAUUGACAACUUGAUGUACAACAUCAGGUUCUAUGCCCAGAGCAUGCAGGAGCAUUCUCCCAUCUCCGAGCACACCCACUUUACGCCAGCCCGCCUCAUUGCCCAGGUGUGUGUGCGCCUCCGGAUGGGGAAAACCGGGUUCUUUGAGCAGAUUAGCUUCAAGAAGUUCAAGCUCAAUCUGGUCACCUCGUUCGCCGUCAUGCUGGAGGCCUACACCAGCUAUGUCUUGGGCAACCAGCUGGUGGAACUGAUGGCCCUCAACGAGCACGACUUCCUGGAGCACUCGUCGCAGUUCAAGGAGCUCAUGCACCGCUACGUGGCGGAACGGGAGAGCAGCGAGCGCUUCCUGCUGGAGGAGCUGAAGAAGCUGGAGAACCAGCGGAACAGCCACUUCCAGCCGCAAGUGGUGAAGUUUAACAUCAACUACCAGCAGCAGAUCUGCAAGGGCAACCGAGCCAGCAACAUUGGCAACUACAAGAACUGUGACGACGACGAGAAGCCCCUGCCGCCCGAGUCGGACGAGGAGCUGGACAGGCAGAUAGACCCGGUGUUCCAAAGUGUGCCGAACAACGAGGAGAUUCUAGACUUUGUCUACAAACUGCUGGCGGAGCGGGAAUUUAGCGGCUGGAAGUUUGCCAAGAUUGCCAUCCUGCUGAAGAUCAUUGGCCAGCAGCUAAAUGCCAUUGAAAUCUGGCGCUAUCAUCCCGGCCUGACCACCGAGUUCAUGCUCAAUCUGGAGCAGAAGAUGUCGCAGAACUACGCCGACCUGGCGAAGGUCUUUUCCGACCACGGAUUCAUGGAGGCCGAGUUCUGGCUGACGGCCUUUUACCUCAAUCCCAUAUCGGUCAACUACAACGAGGUCCGACGGUGCUCGCGCAUUAAGAAGAAGCGCCAAGAGGAGGACCAUUGGACCCCGGCGGCGGCGCCAUCGCAGACCAUCAAAUACGAACUGCUCAGUUCUACCAUCGAUGUGGACGAGAUCGUGACCGUGACCAACCACAAUGCCCCCGUGGGCGACUACGAUCCCAUCUACAAGGCCCUGCAGGCGCUGCGCCUGCCGCCCAGCAUGAUCAAGGACCUGCUGACGGUGGUCUUCCAGCCGCGCAACAAGCGCUACUCCUGGGCGCUGGACUGGUACACCCUGCACGAGCGCUGCCAUGCGCUGCUGAAGAGUCGCGACCUUAAGAACAAGUUCGUGGCCCUCAACAUGGCCGAGGCCAGUGACCGCUUGGAGUACCUGAAGAUAGACUACGCCAAGUACCGGGACAGACCGCAGUUAGACUACGGCACCAUCGAGGAGGGCUACGAGAACGCGGCCAAUCUGCCGGAGCCUGAGGAGGAACCAGAGCAGACUCCCACAGCUACGGAGGAGGAGGACGUGAAGUCCAAGCAGCAGAAGAAGCGUCGUCCUACGCGCAAGUUCUGGGAUGAAGUGUUCUCGGAAGACGAAGAGGAGGAGGCGGCCUCCAGCGACUCGGAGGCUUACUACACGGGCAAUGGCCGCCGGAAACGGGUCAGGGCUGCGGCCAUGGUGGCCAAUGCCAUGUUGUCCGACAUGGAUCGCAGUGUUCGCUGCGGCCGACGUUCCAGUUCUCCGGCCUUGUCUGAUGAGUUCAGGGGUUACCCACUCUCAACAAUCGAGGUCAAGCAGGAGACGGAGACCAAGCCAUCGAGACCCCCGUCAACAGAGGAGGCUGCCACCACUAGUGAUGAGAAGCGUACGAUCGGCGAUUUGCUGGAGGCUCGCACCAAGUUCAGCAACGAAACCGGCGGCUUCAAGGCCUUCGCCGACAUCUGGAGCUUUGAAAAGGAGGAACUCCAGAACGUGGCCAGCGAGGGCAACAGCCUCAUGGAGUGCAGCUCCGUGCUCAGCAAAUUCAAGAGCUGGAAGUCGUUAAAGGAGACCGUGGCAGCGAAGGUGCCCCCGGUGGAGCCACAGCCAACCAGAAGGGCUGUUCGCACGGGCUCUGAGACGGAAAGCAUCUCCUCCGAAGCCUCAUCGAUGGCCACUCACUACUUUAACGAGGAUGAGCCAAGCGACGAUUUGUUGUCCGGUGUAAGUAGAGAGCUAGCUACACAGCCCCUCCCGCCUGUUCCUAAACUUACCUCGGAGAACCAAGUGUUGCAGCCCACAGAAACGAAUACGGUCGGGUUGACAGAGCAGCCGCUGGGAUCUAAAGGACAACUGGUUGAGGAUGCGAGCCCCAAGACAGCACCACAGACUGAGCAGCCCCAGGAGGAGCUAGGAGAGUCAUCUGUGGACACGAGACAGAUUAAAGAGGAGCUCAUUGAAGAUAUUCAGGCAACGGAGGAGUCACAGGUAAACGAAGAGAAUCUGCUAACCGCUGAGCCCUUGGAUGCAAGGCAGCUAACCAAGAGUCUCCCGAAAACCACACAGCUAUCCGAGGAGCCAGAGGAAAACAAGCAAACAGUAGAGGGGCUAAUGGAAAGUGCAGAGGAGACAGUAAGCUCGCAAGUUAAGGAGGAGCCAGAUUCUUGUGAGCAAGUAAAGGAGGAGCCAGUUUCUUGUGAGCAACAAACCCAGGACACAAAUCAUCUAAAAAAUGAACCUCAGCUAAGCGAGGAGCCUCAGCAACCCGGAAAACAAAGCGCUUCCGCUUCCAAAACCACCUCGGAAACCGGAACGGAAACAGGCACGGCGGAGGAGACAAGGUGCGACGACAUUGCUCAGAAGCCGGAGCCCAAGCUGGAGCCAAUUGGCCAGUCCUUGUAUACAUUGGUGCCCCCCGACGAAACUCCUGAUGAGAAGAAGGUAAGGGAGCACCUCAUCAAUGAGUGCCUUACCAGACCGAUUCGCGUGUGCCUGAAAAUGCUUACUGUCCAGGACAUUGAGAAGCUGCGCGGAGUUCGGGUGCGGGUCAAGCGUACCAAUCUGGAGGACUUUUACCGAGAGCAGUCGCAGUCCAAGCGACGCAGGAUCCUAGGCAGCCGCUCCCACACGGAGGAUAGCACUGCGUCCAACCACAGCUCGGAUGCUCAGAAGUCGGGCAGAAGGCGCUUCAAGAAAUUCGUGCACAUUACGUCCGACUCGGUAUCCCCAUCACCUCCGCCCCGCAUCGUUGACAUAAAGCCGCUCUUCAAGCACAUAACAUCGGACUCAUCAACGGAUCUGGAGGAAGUGCCUCACCCGGUGGUGGUGGUGAGAAGGCGCGGACGCGGACGAGGACGAGGCGCCGGGCCGAGGUGUAUAAGAGCUCCGCGACACUCACCCAGCUAUUCGCCGGAUGUGAUCGAGCUGUCCUCGGACUCUCUAUCCUCCAAUUCACCCGUCCCAGCAGCUAGCCACCCUAUGCACCAGUUCUCGGCGCUGGAGAUGGACCCGCUGUACGAGGAGGAGAUCGUUCCCAUCUAAAACGAAUCAAGCAGGAUUCCUAGCCGGAGGCGCAGUCCUACGUGCUCGUAACGAAUGCAGACGAGGGGUUGCACACCGAGAGAAAUAUGGUGGAGAAACAUGAGAGGAAAAAGAGGGAGAGGGAGAGAGGAAAAUCGAGUUUGCCUCGCUUGUUAGAAUGCAAUUAGCCCGGGGCUAUGUGCCGGUACGAGUAUUUGCGUUGGCUGGACUCUGAUUCUGAUGAAAUUAUAUACAUGUACAUCUGUUUGUCCAAGUCCCCGGUUUUCUAUUUGGACUGUGACGACGACGAUACCCUCAGGCUAUCGAAAAAAAAGGAACUCUCCAAUGGGAAACGCAAACGCAUCCGCUCUUCAAUUAACUGCCUAAUUGAUAGGCAUUGUGGUUCUGUAAAAAACGAAAUUAAGUACACGCGUCGGAGGAGCUCUUGAACAGGAAGGACGCCGCCUGCGACACGUGGCCGAGAUGGUGUGAAUUUUGGUGGCAAUAUAUACAAACAUGUAUCAAUAAGCUACGGUUUUUGGGGGUAGCAAUACCGAGCAGGAAGCUGAAAUAAAAAAUAAUAAACUUGCAAAUAACUAGCAGUUGAUGUAAAACCUAGAAUUAAUAUUUGCUCAGUUAAACUUUACUCUUUGUAUUACUUGAAUCGGUUUGAUUAAUCUAAAUCGAGUUAAAGCAAAGCUUAGGCAGCUAAUAAUUGUGUUGUAUUUGCAAAAUACACUAAGCCAUAUUUGGAAAUUAAGUUGAACUCAAAGAUCUAAACGAGUUUCUAGCAACUAAUAACUAUUUCUUAUACUUAAUAUUUGUAUACUGCUUGUGAUUUCUCAAGUUAAUAAAAAGCCAUUAGCCUUGCGCUUAGGUGUAGUCCUUAAA